GCGCUCGGAGAGGAAACCCGGAUCCUGGAGUCGAACCUUCAGCCACGUCACACGCCUCAGUGAGUGAGAGAGAGAGAGAGAGAGAGAGAGAGAGAGAGCUGCAGUGAAACAUAACACAUAUGAUUUUAUAACAUCAUAAUUAUUCUCAUUAUGAUGUGAAAUGACAGGCGUGCAGAUUUAAUAUUGACUGUGUAAAUGUGACGCGCAUGCGCUACAGGACAAACAUCUGAUCUGAUCUGAGAACAGCUGCACAACUCUUCUGAUUCAUCUUCUGUUGUUUUUAUUUGGAUUAUUCAUCGAUAAAAUGAACAUCUUCCGUCUGUCAGGAGACCUUUGUCAUCUGGUGGCGAUUAUUAUUCUCUUCCUGAAGAUCUGGAAGUCCAAAUCAUGCGCAGGUAUUUCAGGGAAGUCUCAAGUGUUGUUUGCUCUGGUCUUCACCACCAGAUACCUGGACCUGUUCACCUCCUUCAUCUCCAUCUAUAACACUGUCAUGAAGGUGGUGUAUUUGGCUUUGGCGUAUGCCACCGUCAGUCUGAUCUACUUGCGCUUCAGGAGCACAUUUGACUCUGAGAGCGACUCGUUCAGGGUGGAGUUUCUGCUGGUUCCUGUAGCCGGUCUGUCAUUCCUGGAGAACUACGCCUUCACUCCUCUGGAGAUUCUGUGGACGUUCUCCAUCUAUCUGGAGUCUGUGGCGAUUCUUCCUCAGUUGUUCAUGAUCACUAAGACGGGUGAAGCCGUGUCCAUCACCACACACUACCUGUUCUUUCUGGGUCUGUAUCGAGCGCUGUAUCUGGGUAACUGGGUGUGGCGUUAUCACGUGGAGGGAUUCUUCGAUCAGAUCGCUGUGGUGUCCGGUGUGGUUCAGACCAUCUUCUACUGUGAUUUCUUCUAUCUGUACUUCACCAGAGUGAUCAGAGGAAGUGGAAAGAUGUCUCUGCCAAUGCCAGUGUGAGAUUUUGGAGCAGACCGUUAGGCCACACCUCCAUCAUGACAUCACCGCCCGCCGCUGUCUUCCUCUAUGAUGAUGUUUUGUUGUAGUGGGAUGAUGAUGCCUUACGUGACCAGAUGACCGCUGGACGCGCCUUUGACACGUCUGAUGCCUUAAUCUUUAUAUUCAUGAAGACUCUGUCUGUCUGUCUGUCUGUCUGUGUGUGUGUGUGUGCGUGCGUGUGUGUCUGUCUGUGUGUGUGUGUGUACUUGUACGUCUAUAUUUGUGAGGACCGGUUUGAGUUGUAGACCAGCGGUGUGAGGACAAGGAGAGUAAAGUGAGGACAUUUUGUCCGGUCCUCACUUCCAGAGACCCCUUUAAAGGGCUGUUUGAGGGUGAAGACUUGGUUUUAGGGUUUAGGUUAUAAUCAGGUUUAGGGUCAGGGUUAGGGUCAGGCAUGUAGUUCUGAUGGAUAGGGUGACGGGCUAGAGAUUGCAUUGCGUCAAUGUAUGUCCUCAUAAAGAUAGCUGCGCAAAUGUGUGUGUGUGUGUCUUUUAGUGUGUAUGUGUGUGUCUUUUUGGCUGUCUGUUUGUGUGUGUGGUGUGAUGUGAUGUUUGCCUGCGUGUCUUUUGUGUGUGGGUGUGAAACACUCCUCAUGUUGUUGUAUUACACUUUUUCUUUGUGUUUUUCAGUAGUUCAUGUGUGAUUUCCUCAUGAUGUGUGUUUUGUAGGUCUGGCAAUAUUGAUGAAUCUGAUUGAAGUCUCGUUUUGAUAAAGUGUGUUUUAUAAAACAUGUCAAUAAAGAGAGAGAGCGUGUGACGUCUGCUCUGAACAGA